CACCAAGUCACCAUGAAGGCCCUGGUUUUCCUCGCUUUACUUGGAGCAGCACUGGCUGGGGACGAUGAAAGGAUCGUUGGAGGGUACGAGUGCCCCAGACACUCCGUGCCCUACCAAGCCUCGCUGAACGUCGGGUAUCACUUCUGUGGUGGAUCCCUCAUCUCCAGCCAGUGGGUUGUGUCUGCGGCUCAUUGCUACAAGUCUCGCAUCCAGGUGCGCCUUGGCGAGCACGACCUCGCCGUGAACGAGGGCACUGAGCAGUGGAUGGACUCGGCCAGGGUGAUCAGGCACCCGCAGUACAACAGCAACACCCUGGACAACGACAUUAUGCUCAUCAAGCUCAACCGCCCCGCAACGCUCAACAGCUACGUCCAGACGGUGGCGCUGCCCUCCCGCUGCCCCGUGGCUGACGAGAACUGCCUUGUGUCCGGCUGGGGAAACAUGGCCGCCCCUGGAGACAACUUCCCUGAUAGACUGCAGUGUCUGAGACAGCCAAUGAUUGAUGACAGAAUCUGCCAGAACGCCUACCCCCACCUGUUCACCCAGAACAUGCUCUGCUCUGGGUUCAUGCAAGGAGGAGCCAGCAGCUGCCAGGGCGACUCCGGCGGACCUCUGGUGUGCAGCGGUCAGCUGCAGGGAGUGGUCUCCUGGGGAUACGACUGUGCCAUGAGAGACCACCCCAGUGUCUACGCCCGUGUGUGCCGCUACAACGGCUGGAUCAGUAGUGUGAUGAGCAGCAACUAAGCGUUGACUGCGCGCACACAGGAGUGUGUACACACUCUCACCUAUACAUGUCUACGGGACCCAUUUUGUCAACGUGCUUGGGUGCAUAAACCAAACUGUUUAUUUACUUUUCAAUGUAUUAUUUUUCAAUUAACAGAAUAUUGUGGACAGCAUGGGUAGCGUGCACCCUUGUAGUUACAAGCCCUUGCUGUGAAGGGUAAAAAGCAGGGUUCGGGAAUGCAUGAUUAAAGUGAGUGGCAUUUAAGCUCCGGUUUUUCUGUGUUUAUUUUUUUUUUAUUGGAAUG